CACGCAGCGAUCCUCGCGUCCCGCCAUCACACACCACCCACGCAACAAGAAAUCGAUCAAAACAGCGGUAGCCUGAUAGUUUAUCCCAAAUCCGCAGAUAUAUAUAUAUGUUCAGUGCGCAACGGCAAACACAUUCUUCUUUGGGUGAAGAUAUACUGAUGCUGUUCUUGUGCGCCACUCGAAAACUUUGCGUGGCGCCGUCAUCAGCGGCAUAUCUGUUGAUCUCCUAGGCGGAGAAGAAGGCCAAUCUUAGCCGAACGGCUUACUAUAUAUGCGUCGCUUGCGUUGCCAUUAAUCCUUUGGAUGCUGUUGCUGUUGCUGGGAAGUGAUAGCUUGAAUUGGUGAGGUGAGGUGAGGUGCGGUGUGCUCGAUCAGUAGGUGGCGCGUUGUGGUCGGCGAGCAGGAGGAGCAGAGGAGAUGGACGGCGAGAUUGGAGAGGACGUGCUCACGGAGAUUCUGGUGAGGCUGCCGUACAAGUCCUUGGCGAGGUUCCAGUGCGUGUCCACGUCGUGGCGGUGCCUCAUCUCCGACGACUACCUCCGGCGGAGGCUGCCGCUUAUUACCUCUGGAGUGCUCUACCAGGAAGACCGAGGCGGCGGCGGAGGCGGCGGGCGGGGGGACGACGAUGGGAGGAGGCAGGCGUACACGUACGCUUGCGCGUCGGCGGGUGGUGACGGCGGCGUCGCGGAGGCCGACAUGGGAUUCUUCCCCGGCCACGAGACGUCGACCAUCAUCGACGGGUGCAACGGCCUGCUGCUCUACUACGCGUCGCACCCGACGGCGUUCCACGUCGUGAACCCGACGACGCGGCGGUGGGCGAGGCUGCCGGCGCCGCGGAGGAAGACGCUGCUGUCCGUGCUGGCGUUCGACCCCUGCGCCUCGCCGCACUACAAGGUGGUGUGCUUCACCGGGUGGCUCCCCCGCGGCGCGUCCGUCGAGGUGUUCGGCUCCGAGGACGGAGCGUGGCGAGAGCACGAGCUCGACUUCGGGCUCAACACCGACGCCAUGUCGGCCACCAUGCACUACUUCGACGGCGCGAUCCACGUGCUGGCCUACUCGGGCCACGUCGUGCGCAUCGACCUCGGCACCAUGGCGUGCGCGGUGACCGCGCUCCCGGCUCCGGUGAGCUGCCGGGCGCGCGCCGGGCACUGCCGUGGCCGCCUCCGGUACGCGUCCAGCGAUGGCUCGCGUCUCAGGUUCUGGGAGCUCAAGAACGCAGCCACAUCCGAGUGGGUGCUGAAGCACGAGCUGGGGGUCAAGGACCUCGUCGCCGGCGAGGCGAGCGGCCCGUGCCAGGGCGUCACCUUCUUGUUCAUGGCGUUCCACCCGGACAAGGAGGUGGUGUACCUGUGGACGCCAUGGAAGCUCGUGGCGUUCGACAUGGAGAAGAGGCGCGUCGAGGAGGAGUGGGCGCUCGGGCCGGAGAAGGAGAAGGAAGGCGCGCAUCUGAUUCAGAUUUGGUUGUUUCCGUUCUCGCGCCAUCUGGCCAACAGUCUGGCUUGAUUGGUCUAUGUGGCAGAUAGGCUGGCCGGCAGCGCUGACAGUGACAUGUGGGCCCAAUACUUGUCUGCAACAAAGACAUUGGCUCCAAUUGUACAAGGUACAAUACCAUAAAAAAACAUAGCUAACAAAUUGAUAAAUAUAUGCCGUUCAUUUAUAUUCUAUAAAAUUCAUGUCCAAUUCCGAUUAAAUCCAUCUAGAAUCAUUCCCUGUUCGAAAAUGAAUCCUCAGUGAUUGUGGUCUGGUUACCGUGUCGCUUCCGCUGUUAUUAGCUUUCGGCUAACAAGAU